UCAGACAAAUAGAAAAUGUUGCAAAUGAGAAUUGGAACAACCGCGAGCACUUCCGGUGGCGGCGACGGUGAGCUGGAGCUCCGGCCUGGGGGAAUGGUUGUACAGAGACGAACGGAUCAUACCUCCAACGUGACACGUGUCAUUCGGGUCCGGGUCAGAUACGGGUCGGUCCAACACGAGAUCAGUAUCAACUCUCAAUCUACUUUUGGGGAAUUGAAGAAGAUAUUAUCUGGUGAGACAGGAAUCCAUCAGCAAGACAUGAUGAUUCUAUACAAAGACAAAGAAAGAGAUUCGAAGAUGUUUCUUGAUCUUUCUGGUGUCAAAGAUCGUUCGAAACUUAUUCUCAAAGAAGAUCCUAUUUCUCAGGAGAAACGUCUCCUAGAGUUGAGGAAAAUCGCCGCCAAACAGAAAGCCAUUAAAGCAAUCUCCGAAAUUAGCUUCGAAGUCGAUAGACUUGCCGGAAAACUGUCGGCUUUUGAUACAGUGAUUGGUAAAGGAGGCAAGGUUGAAGAAAAGAAUGUGGAGAAUUUGAUGGAGACGAUGAUGAAUCAGUUGGUGAAGCUCGAUGCGAUCUUAGGCGAUGGAGACGUUAGAUUGAAGAAGAAGAUUCAGGAGGAAAGAUUACAGAAGUACGUUGAGGCACUCGACAUGUUGAAGAUCAAGAAUUCAACGCAGCCGCAAACGCAACUGAAACCGCAAACACAACCACAAUACAAAGAACAAGAUUUGGUGACGUUUGAGGAGGAAACGUCGAGGAAACGCAUAGCCUCCUUCCCAGCUCCUCCGGUGAUCAUAACGACGACAUGGGAAAACUUUGACUCCAAUUCCACUUCCACCACCGAGGCUAAAACGGUUAAACCUGCCCAUCCAAAAUUCAAAUGGGAAUUAUUUGAUUAAGCUAUAUAUUAUAUACUUACACGAUAGUAUUAAGUAUGUUUUUCAGAUAUCUAUGAUAUACAUAUGUGGAGUCUUUUUUGCCUGUAAUCGUGAAUAAUUUGUGGGGUUGAUUGGUUGAUCCUUUUUAGGUUACCCUAUCAAGUUUUUUUUUUUUUUUUUCUGUCGUGUAUUAUAGGCUUGUAACCUCUAGGAUAGCUUUAAUGAAUUGUGAUUAUAUAUUAUCAUCAUCAUAUCACUGUGUGAGAAUGUUUUAAGCAGUGAU